AUGGACGUAGGAGAGACGGAUGAGGCAAAAGUCACGCAUCUACUAUUCAUCAAUUACGCCCUACAAUUCAUACCAGCCGUCCUGCUCUACUACGACUAUGUCCUCACGCUGGGCGAUGAGAUUGCGUACUACUGGCCCCCGCGCCGCCCCCUUACCCGGCUGUCGGGUCUCUUUUUAGCUACACGCUAUGUUGCUUUGCUCGGGCAUGUGCCGGUCGUUGCGGCCAUGGUCUGGGGCACAAUACCUGCGAUACCCAUCGGAUGUUUAUGCGCCCUGCGCGUUUACGCGUUGUACUCGAAAGAUCGCAGAAUCUUGAUCGGCCUCGGCUUGUUGGCUGCAACACUUCUGGCUAUUGCCAUCUAUCUCGUGCUUACCAUCGACGGUCGGGACCCACUUUUCUAUUGGCAAAGGGCACCGCUGUGCACACACAAAUUAGCAACCGGUGGUGCGACACGUCUCGCGCUGGCGUGGUCGUCUGUCCUGCUCUUCGACGUCGUUGUCUUCCUCCUGACAAUCAUUCGUGCCUUUCAAGUAUGGCAAGCAGGUCGCAUCGUGCAUGUCGUCCUUCGAGACGGUAUCAUGUACUUCUGUGCGUUGGCUGGCGCCAAUCUCUUGAACAUUGUCACUCUUAUUGUCGCGACUCCGUUGCUAAAGGCAACAUUCGCAUCCCUCACGAAUGUUCUCUCUAUCACGCUCAUCUCACGCCUCAUGCUCAACCUCCGCUCGGAUACGACCCCGGACCUGUUCACAAGCAGUGGGGACGCGGAAUUCUCGUCCUCACGGGUAGAUCUCGAUAGCAUCAUUGUGUCGCAUAUAGAAACGCGCCGGUCGGUGACUCGAGCGCGAGAACGCCACACACGAGAGCGGAGUGUCAAUUUUGGUGACGAUAUUGAGCUCCUCGCUCUGAGGUCAGGAGACUCAAGCUCGGGCCCUUCGGGUUCGGGCUCUGGCUCUGGGUCGGGCUCAGGCGUUCGGUCCUCGUAUAGUCGAAAAUAA